AUGCUUCUUCUGUUUCCGAUGAGACCAUUUCACCAAUUCUCUUUAGCCAACUUUUCAUUUGAAAUGGAAUGGAAUGUCACACUUCUUUGGAUUCUCCUCUUUUCUGCUUUUCGUGCCGAUUAUAAGCCUCGUUUUUGCGUCAAAUUUGCAGACUUCUUUAGGGUCCACUUGGUAAUACCUAUUGGAUCUCUGCUCCGCCCGAGUGAACUUCGCACCCUUCAACGCUAUCCCUCAACCUGUAGCCAGCACGUUUGCAGAAUGGUCGUCAGGCUGAAUCGUAUCUCGGACGGCCGACCCUCCAUUCCUCCUUCAGAGACUUGGGCGCAACCGGUUCGCAAUGUCCAGUCGCCUUUGUCGCUGGUCUUCACGCUCUCCGAUCGACUGAUAAACAUACAAAGCCACAGACUCUCGGACGAGAUACUUUUGGAGACAAUACUUGCCAGUCUGGCCAACUUCUGGAGAAGCCAGGCAUUCUGA